UAUAUACGUUCUAAGCAAGUUUGUAAUUUAAAUUGAUUUUUUUUCUUAAUUUUUGUGAGAUAAACGAUAAACCAUAAAAUGAGUAAAACUUAAAAGAAGAUUACAUGCACCAGAUCAAUGCGACACCAACGACCAAAAAUUUGACCGGAACGAUGCUUUAAAAGUACGCAAAUCGGACGGUUAAAAACACAGCCCGUAGUCCUCUAACGGUUAACCAUUUUAAGACGUUAACUUUAAUCGGUUGCUGGCGGUAACCUUAGCCGCCAAAGGCUGUUUUCUUUAUCCAUGACUUUGCCUCCAUUUCUUUCAAAUCUUGCGUUUAUACUCAUUAGGUUUCUCUGCUUCAAUUCCUUGCCAAAAACCCAAAGAGGAAAACUAAGAAAAUGCAAGCCAAGGCCCUCCUAACUCAUCCUUUUCUCACUCGCCCUCUCCUAAACCCUAACCUGAAACUCCGCCCUUCCCCUUCUGUGUUCACUAAGAAAUCCACUCUCUCAACCCCUCGUUUUCACCAAUCCUUUUUACGUUCUUGUUCACGCAAUUUUGUCCCCCAGAAUCAAAGUAGUAAACUGAAACGUUACUGCAUUAGCCCUAGCCAGGAACUAAAUUUUGAAAGCAAUGAAGCUUUGGUUGAAGAAGAAGAAGAAGAAGAAAAAGAGGAGGAUGAGGAAGAGGUGAGAGUGGAAAUUGAGGCAGAAGGAUUAGCAAAUCAGAGCAUAUGGAAUCAAAUGAAGGAGAUUGUGAUGUUUACUGGACCUGCUAGUGGGCUUUGGAUCUGCGGGCCAUUGAUGAGCCUCAUUGACACUGCGGUUAUUGGCCAAGGAAGCUCAAUUGAGCUUGCUGCUUUAGGUCCUGCAACGGUUGUUUGUGAUUAUAUGGGUUACGUGUUUAUGUUCCUUUCAGUUGCUACUUCCAAUAUGGUGGCCACUUCCCUUGCUAGACGGGAUAAAAAUGAAGUCCAGCAUCAGAUAUCUAUCCUGCUUUUUAUUGGGUUGAUUUGUGGAUUCUUGAUGCUUUUCGUUACAAGAUUAUUUGGUUCACAGGCCAUAACUGCUUUUUCUGGGACAAAGAAUGCACAUCUUGUACCUGCUGGAAACGCAUACGUUCAGAUUAGAGGUCUAGCAUGGCCGGCAGUUCUUGUUGGAUGGGUUGCUCAAAGUGCCAGUCUUGGUAUGAAAGAUUCCUGGGGACCAUUGAAAGCUUUGGCAGUUGCCACUGCCAUAAAUGGCAUUGGUGAUGUUGUCCUCUGCAUCUUUUUAGGCUAUGGUGUUGCUGGUGCAGCAUGGGCAACAAUGGUUUCACAGGUUGUUGCAGCUUAUAUGAUGAUUGAAGCUCUGAACAAGAAAGGGUACAAUGCAUUUUCCAUCUCCAUUCCAUCACUCAAUGAGCUGCUGGCUGUGCUAACGCUUGCUGCUCCAGUAUUUGUAACUAUGAUGUCAAAGGUAGCUUUUUACUCUCUGCUUAUAUAUUUUGCCACGUCUAUGGGCACACAUACUGUUGCUGCUCAUCAGGUCAUGCUUCAAACACUCGGCAUGUGUGCCGUAUGGGGUGAGCCUCUCUCUCAAACUGCACAGUCAUUUAUGCCCGAGUUGAUAUGUGGAGUCAAUCAUAAUUUGUCAAAGGCUAGACUGCUGCUGAAAUCACUUGUCACCAUUGGUGCUACACUUGGACUGGUAUUAGGGAUUAUUGGAACUGCAGUUCCUUGUUUUUAUCCCAAUAUCUUUACACCUGAUCCCAAGGUCAUACAGGAGAUGCACAAGGUGCUGUUACCAUACUUUCUGGCAUUAGCAGUGACCCCAAGCACUCACAGCCUUGAAGGCACUUUGCUAGCUGGACGAGAUCUUAGAUUUAUUAGCUUGUCAAUGUGUGGAUGCUUUGCUUUUGGUGCACUUCUACUGCUGCUUAUGAGUACUAGAGGAUAUGGCUUGCCAGGGUGCUGGUUUGCACUUGUGGGGUUCCAAUGGGCUCGAUUCUCCCUCUCCCUUCAACGUCUUCUUUCUCCCAAUGGCAUACUCUACUCUGAAGAUUUGAGACAGUAUGAAGCGAAGAAGCUGAGAGCGGCUUAGUUUCAGAAUCCAACAGUUGUAGAACCUUAUGUCAUUGACUACUAUCGGAUGCCAUGCAUCUUAUGUGCAUAUAUUGCUUUGCUGCUAAAGUGGCCCGAGCUUUCACCGAGCCAGCAAAGAUCCUAGUGUUUUUUUUAGAAAAUGGUCCAGAGAUCAUUCAUUCUUUGAACUCAAUAAGGAGCCUAAAAGAAGCAUAUAGCCAUAAGCAGUGUUAUGUUUAACCUUUUAUAUAAGAAAAUUUGUGAA